GUCAGGGCCUGCCAAUCCCCGUGCCAAUCUCAGCAUUGGCAGCUCUCCGGUAUCCAGUGCGGGCGGAGGGCAUGGCUUCUGCAGAGAUGGAUGACGACACUGAGUCUCUGAGUGAGACCGUUCCAGACUGUCUGGAGUGUUCGAUAUGCUUCGGGCUGCUUUACAAGCCCACAGCCCUUGAUUGCGGGUGGGUGAGUUGCUUCCCUGGGUCGAUGAUACAUGACUGACACCCAUGAUGUGAUGCCAUUGCUCUCUGUCGGUUUGGUUGUUUGUUGGUUGCUGACUGACAGGCACGUCUUCUGUUUCUGGUGCUUGUUCCGGUCGAUGGCGCAAUGGCAUGCUUCCAAGUGGUGAGAGGGAGGAAGACCACCACUGCAGUCAUUGCAAGAUGGUGAGGGUGCAUCGGGAGUGUUCCGCUGUCGCUGUCGUGAUGCCUGCAGCCCGCUUUGCAAGAGGAGCUUCAGUGUGUUCCCCCGGGUGUGUCGGCCCCUCUACAUGUACAUCAGGAGCAAAUACCCUCGCACCUUCGACCAGAGAAGGCAAGGUAAGGUACCUACCGACGCUGGCUGGUCAAUUCACUGACCAGAGAGAGCACCUUCCAGAUUCACACACACACACAAUGCACUCACUCAUGGAUGCCUUGCCUUUCCUCAUCUCAUCUCGCUUGGCAGAAGUGGAGGAGUUUGAGCGGGCCACAGAGCGGCAGUCGCCCGCAGAGGAGCACAUCCUCACCCCCGGCUCUGGGGCCAACGUCGACCGACUCCCCCCAACAGCCAGCCGAGAGAUCAGAGACCUCCUCUCCGCAUGGCAAGGCAAUGACGCGCCUCAACCGCCAUUACCGCCCUCGCCCUCGCGACCCGCUGCUGCUUCUGGCGCCGAGCCGAUGGCAGAGAGUGGGGGUGGGCAGCAAGGUGAGGAUGGAGCUGCUGGGGAGGGGGAUGAGGCGUUUGUGCACGUGAGCGAUGAGGUGUCGUCGCUGCUGUCCCCUGAGAUGCGGCCCACGGCUGUGAGGCUGCCGGUCAGAGAAUUCGUCCACUUCCAAGUGUGUGAUGGCACUCACGCGCACACCCAGCCAGCCAGCCAGGAACUGAUCUGGAUGGGCGUCUGUGUGUUGUGUGUUGUGUAUGUGUAGGUGGGAUGUGACGGCUGUGGUCGGCUGCCUAUCGUGGGGGCUCGUUAUAGAUGUCGUGACUGCCAUGAGAGGGUGGGUUACGACCUGUGCGGCGCGUGUCACCGGGAAAACUACAGUCGAUGCGGGCUGUUCAACCAGAUGCACACGUGAGCUGUCCAGAUGGACAUUUAUGUGCGUGUUCGGGCGCGGGGGUGUGUGACUUGUAUGUCUGUCAGUCUGUCUGUCUGUCUGGAUGUCUGUCUGGAUGUCUGUCUCUGUUUUACUCGCUGCAUGUGGUGCAUGCAGGUCAGCGCAUAGGAUGGAGCUGGUGCAGCCCGACGCCGUCACAGUGCUGCUCAACUGCCUCCACAAAUGCCACCCCACACUCCCUCUGUAAGGAAGGAAAGGCACACAGACAAACACACCAGCCACACAGACAUACAUGUACUCUCUGUCUCCCUUCCCUGUCCCUGUCUGCAUCCGUCCAUGUGGUCGGUGUGUCAGGGCCGAGCUGCUGUCCCUGCUGGAACUGCAGGGAUCCAGCGGGCCCUCCACCCCAGACAAUGACAGUGACAAUGACCUGGAGGAUGAGACCCCCGAGCGGACCGGUCCCCUCCCACCACUGGGCCUCAUGCCUGACGAGCAGUCCCCUCCUGUGGGUGAUGACGAGACUGGCGACCGCCCAGCACCAGCUGGCGGGAGGGAAGAGGGGAGGGGAGGGAGCUCUGCUUGAUUGACCGAAAGCGACUGACGGGACGGUGGCCCAUGCUGCCUGCCCCCGUUCUGUUCUGCUGUGCUGUGCUGGGCCCUCAGCCAUCGGAUGGCCCGCGCGAAGAUGAGGC